AUGGUUUCUUUUUUUUUGCGAGCUGAUCAGUUGACCGAAGAACAAAUUGCCGAAUUCAAGGAAGCAUUUUCCUUAUUCGACAAAGAUGGCGAUGGUACCAUAACAACUAAGGAAUUGGGUACGGUUAUGAGAUCACUCGGUCAGAAUCCCACAGAAGCAGAAUUACAAGAUAUGAUUAAUGAAGUGGAUGCAGAUGGUAAUGGUACCAUCGAUUUUCCCGAGUUCCUCACCAUGAUGGCUAGAAAAAUGAAGGAUACAGACAGCGAAGAAGAAAUUAGAGAAGCAUUCAGAGUUUUCGAUAAGGAUGGUAAUGGUUUUAUAUCGGCAGCCGAGCUAAGGCACGUCAUGACGAACCUGGGUGAAAAAUUAACAGACGAAGAAGUGGAUGAAAUGAUUCGAGAGGCUGAUAUCGACGGAGAUGGACAAGUGAAUUACGAAGAAUUUGUGGAAAACUUGUGA